AUGGCUAUCGGAUUUUCCCAAGAGUUUAUAUAUCUUUGAGACUUUGAAGAUGAAAAAAUUAUAUCAAUUUUUCACAGCCAUAAAUCAGGGAUAAAAAAUGUUACUUUUUCAUAUUGUGAAAAUUAUCUUGUGUCAAGCGGUGAUGAUGGGAUUGUAAAAGUAUGAAAUAUAUCAACACUGAUCGAAAAAAGAAAGCCAAGUAGAAGCCUCCAAAAGAAAGCAAUUUUUAUAAAUCGUGAAGAAAUUAUAGGUCUUGAUAAAGGAUGGACAUAUUUGGAAUGGUCAUCUGUAGGCCAUAAUUUUGCAGAUCCUGAUUCAUUACUUAAACCAAUCGACAAAAUAUAA